GUCAUCAGUGUGAUGGAAAGUUGGGUAGACUGUGCUGCAGUUGUUUAUAUCUCUUAAGGUCUUAAAUCCCCAAAAUGUCUACAGCAUUUCCAUUGUCUAUUAAAUAUGUGAGCCCGGAUAUAAACAAACAGUUAUUAGAAGAUUUUACAGGGGAAAGAACUGGUUUUGUGCAAGUAGGUGAUGACCAGUGGUUUUUCCCAAGCAAGUAUGCAUCUGAAGGAGUUAAUUUCUACAAUUUCAGUGUACGGAAAGAUGACACGUGGGUGGUAACAUUUCCUAGAUCAGGAACAACAUGGACACAAGAAUUAGUCUGGUUGAUAGCAAAUGAUCUUGACUAUGAUACAGCUACCAAAAUUCCUCUGAUUGACAGAUUUCCUUUCCUUGAAUUUAGCGUAUUUGUGCAUGAUGAAGUGAAGAAGGAGCUUCUUAAACAGUCUGAAGGCAAUCCAGAAAAACAGGCCCUAAUAGAAAAACUCAGUAAGCCAGGAUAUGAAGUCCUUAGUGAAAUGCCUUCACCCCGCUUCAUCAAAACACAUUUUCCAUUUAGUCUCUUGCCACAAAAUCUUUUAGAAGAAGGAUGCAAGGUGAUCUAUGUUGCAAGAAAUCCAAAAGAUGUUGCUGUAUCCUUUUAUCAUCUAAAUAGACUCUUCCGUACACAAGGAUAUCGAGGGGAUUUUAAAAAGUAUUGGGACUACUUUGAAAAAAAUCUCCAUCCAUGGACACCUUAUUGGACACAUGUCACUGAAGGAUGGAAGAGGAGGGAACACCCGAAUUUGCUGUUUUUGUUUUAUGAGGAAAUGAAUAAGGACAUUUCAGAAACUGUUGAAAGAGUGGCAGACUUUCUUGGGAAAUCUCUAACUGAUGAACAGGUAUCAGAGCUCACAUCAUAUUUGCAUAUAAAUAAUUUCCGUAAAAACACAGCAGUCAACAUGGAUCAGCUGAAAGACAUUGGACUGCUGCAGAAUGGAGAGCAGGAUUUUAUAAGGAAAGGUCAAAAUGGUUCAUGGAUUGAUGAGUUCACACCUGAGUUGGAUAAAAGGGCAAAUGAAUGGAUAAAAGAAAAUUUGAAACACACUGACCUCAGAUUUCCUGUAAAACUUGUAGAAGAAUAA